AUGUUCACCCCGCGCCCGUCCCAAGGAGCAGCAGCAGAAGAUCCUCUGACGCGUGCUCUCAACGGCCUUAUUCCUCCCAAUGAAUCCCCCGCAGAGCGCGAGCAGCGCCUAGCUCUGGAAGCAAAUGCUCGCAUGAUCUCCGACGCCAUCGACGAAAAACUCAAGAUAGAGAGACAAGAACGGCGCAAUAAGAAGAUUGUUAAAAUUCUCCUGCUCGGUCAGAGCGAGUCGGGCAAAUCCACCACGCUCAAGGUCCUCCAGCUCUACUAUGCUCCCCAGAGUCUGCGACAAGAGGCAUUUGCCUGGCGAACCGUCAUCCAUCUCAACCUCUUACGGUCCAUACAGCUCGUCAUGGACGCUCUCUCGCAGGCAAAUCGUGAAAACGCACCAAGCUUCACGGAUGACCUCCGGAGGCUGCUCAUCAAGCUAUCGCCCUUGAAGCAGGCAGAAGAAUUGUUGAGAAUGCGUAUCUCGCCCCCGCAAGAGGAAGGUGAUUCCCAGUUGGUCCUUCCGGAAGCCUCCGAGUUUUCUGUCCGCUCGGCCUCAGGCUGGAAGCAGGCAUUCAAUAAGAUGAGGGGCAACAGCAGUUCAAAGGACGAUAUUCGAUUUGACACUGGCCCCGCAAGUAUCCUAGAGGCUUGUUCAGAGGAUAUGACCGCUCUCUGGACAAGUCCGGCCGCCAGACAGAUUCUCAAGCAACGGCGCAUACGAUUAGAAGAAUCGUCGGGAUUCUUCUUAGACGACAUUGACCGUAUCGCCAAAAAAGACUAUGAACCGACCGACGAAGACAUUCUUCGUGCUCGACUUCGAACAGUCGGUGUACAGGAACACAAGAUCAGCUUGGAGCUCGGCCCGGAAAAAGGCCAGGAUUGGUAUAUUUACGACGUCGGCGGAUCCCGGUCCCAGCGCUCUGCAUGGGAAUCCUUCUUCGACGAUGUCAAUGCCAUCAUCUUUCUGGCACCACUGUCGUCUUUUGACCAGUCACUCGCCGAAGACAAGAGGGUAAAUCGGGUCGAGGACUCGUUGCUCUUGUGGAAGAGUAUCUGCUCCUCAAAAUUAUUGGCAAAGGUGGAACUCAUCCUAUUCCUCAACAAAUGCGAUAUUUUAGCCAAGAAGCUUGAAUCAGGCAUUCGGUUGGCCAAGUUUGUUCCAAGCUUCAAGGAUCACCCUAACAAUGUGGAAACUGUAACCAAAUACUUCAGAGCCAAAUUCAAAGCAAUUCAAAAAGAGUAUUCACCUUCACCUCGAAUGUUCUAUGGCCACCUGACAUCUGUAGUCGAUGCGAGAUCCACUGCCCUCAUUGUAGCCAACGGCAUGUGA